AUGAAACAGUUACUAUAUUUGUCACUGAAAUCACCAUGUCCAUAUACAACUUCUUCUAAAAUUCAAGAAUCUUGGGUUCAUCGUUUCUUAUUAAAUAAACAAUAUCCUGAUACUUAUAUUAAACCUCCAGCAUUACUUCUUGUUGCUCAAUUUUAUCCGACAUAUACAUGUGGAAGACGUGAAAAUAACAGUAUUUGUCCUUCAGAUAUAAAAUAUCUUGAAACGAAUCCAACGGCUAUUUUUAUAAAAACUCUUCGUGGUGGACAAAUAACAUUUCAUGGCCCCGGACAAAUUGUUGGUUAUCCUAUUCUUGAUUUAAAGGAUUUCAAGAUAACUCCUAAAGAAUACGUCAAUCGACUUGAGUCCUCUAUUAUUUCGACAUGUAAAGUAUUUGGAAUAGCUGCUAUGCGAACAGAACAUACAGGUUUUACUAGUGUUUGGACAUCGCCAAUACGAAAAAUUGCAUCGAUUGGUAUCCAUCUCCGAAGGCAUAUUACAUCUCAUGGGAUAGCUUUAAAUGUUUCUACUGAUCUAAGUUAUUUUAAGAAAAUUAUUGCCUGUGGCCUUAAAGGUAAAGAAAUGACAAGUUUUGAGCGAGAAGGUGUAUAUGUUCCACUUGAAAUUGUAGAGUCCUGUUGGAUUAAAAAUUUAGCAAAUCAACUAGGUUGUACUAUUAAUCGUAUUAAUCCUGAACAAAUAGGUGACAUUUUAUUAAAUCAAUGAGUAAAUAAAUGGCGGGAAAAUUGCAUUAUUUAAAUAGAACAUUAUACUUAUACCUAUCAUUACUAUACAACAUGCUGGAAAAAAUAAUAUCCAUAAUUUAUUUCCAGA